AUGGUGAACUAUAUAUUUAAUAUCGUCAUCUAAUUUUUUCAUGCUUCCAUCUCAAUUUUUCAAUCUUAUGCCACUUUAUGCCCCACUUUCGUUUACAUCGUGUGUGUUUCUUUAAACUUGGAAACUAUCCCAACAGUAAUAAACCUAAACAUUCUACCUACAUAAUUUCCUAGUUCAAUCAAUUCAAAACAAAAAUUAUCCUUCAUAUCCCCCCACAACAGAAUUCUUUACAAAUAUCCAAAUCCAAACCAGUAUAUUCCGAAGGAUGACAAACUACAAGAACACAGAUUCAACCAAUUCAACAAAUUGUUCACAAACCAGCAGUAAUAAUUGUACAGUAAAUUCUAAAAUAAAUCAAGUAUUCGAGCUUUUCAAUAAACUCUUUCAAAACUACUCUCCAGAUGAAGUAUUUGUAUCAUUUAACGGUGGCAAAGAUUGCACCGUUGUUCUCGAUCUACUUAGCCAGUACUUAAAACAAAACCAGAAUCUACAAAACUGUACGAUUCCUGUUUUGUAUAUUCGCCCCAAGAAUCCAUUUCAAGAAGUUGAAGAUUUCGUCACACAAUGUAAACAAAAUUAUCGAGUGGAUAUGAUUGAACAGCAAGGUAGCAUAAAGCCAGUUCUUGAAGUGAUGUGUGUGGAAAGACCCAAACUCAAGGCAGUUUUAAUGGGUCUUCGACGAACAGAUCCUUUUGGUCGUGACAUGAAGAUCAUGCAACAAACAGAUCCCGGCUGGCCUCCACUUCUAAGAGUUAAUGCAAUCCUAGAUUGGACAUGUCAAGAUGUCUGGGCUUACAUCCUAGAGAAGAAAGUUCCAUAUUGUUCGCUCUACGACAUGGGAUACACAUCACUGGGUGAAACAACAAACACCAAACCAAAUAAACAUCUCCGAAGAGAAGAUCCUGCCACAGGCCAAGUUACUUACCGACCAGCGUAUGAAUUGUUGGAUGAUGCUUUGGAGAGAGAUGGCCGUUGUUGACCCAACAGAAAAUCUUAAUUUUCUCUUUUAUUCCUCUUUUUUUUUUAAUUAUAUACGAAAUAAAAAUUAACAUAACUGGGGAGGCUAA